AUGGCCGAAAGCCGACCUGCCACCCGGGAUGAGUUCCAGAUCGCGAUUAUGUGCGCCCUCCCGCUCGAAGCUGAAGCAGUGCUGUACCUUUUCGACGAGUUUUGGGAUCGAGAGGGCGACCCCUACGGAAGAUCACAACAAGACUCGAAUGAAUACAGGACAGGGAGAAUUGGCCAAGAUGAUGUUGUCCUCGUUAUUCUCGCUGAGAUGGGCACUAUAAACGCUGCCAAUGCUGCCCGCGACCUCCUAUCCAGUUAUGUCAAGAUCCGAUUAUGUCUUGUUGUGGGUAUCUGCGGAGGUGUGCCAUCACCCGAAGUUUCCAGACAUGACGACUAUAUUCGAUUGGGCGGUGUUGUUAUCUGA